AUGGAUGACGAUAAGGUUACAUGUUUGACAUUUAUUGACUUUAAAAAGGCUUUCGACCUUAUAAAUCACAAAACUCUGCUGAAAGAGCUUGCAAUUUAUGGGGUAGACGGAUCAUCAAUUGCCUGGUUUACAUCGUAUCUAUCCGACAGAAAACAGUUUGUUAAAUUAAAUGAAUGUGUAUCCACUUGUCAAGUGGUAUCACAAGGAGUACCGCAAGGAUCGAUCCUCGGACCGGUGUUGUUCAUUACAUUUAUACACGAUAUGCCUCUUCAUAUGCCUGACCCAAAUGUAGAAAUUUAUGCCGAUGACACAACUUUAAGAAGUGCAAGUAUCGACCAAUUGCCUGUUUUAACUCGAAUGAUAAACCAAGAUUUGAUCUGCUUAGAGAGAUGGUGUAAUGAAAAUGGCAUGGUUAUAAACACGUCAAAAACAAAGUCAAUGUUAAUCGCUGGUAAACGCAUUCGAAAUAACACCAGCACCUUUUCCAUCUCUAUAGAUGCUAAACUAAAUGACGCUGUAACUGAACAAGUACUCAGUUACAAACUACUCGGUGUUAGCUUGGAUCAAGACCUGUCGUUUACCACCCAAAUCCAUGAGCUAUGCAAGAAGUUAUCGAAACGUGUUGGUCUUCUUCGCCAUAUAUGUCCAUAUUUGAAACAAAAACAACGUGAGAUAUAUUACUCUGCAAUAAUCAAACCUGUUUUACUCUAUGGUAGUAUUGUAUGGUGCUCCUGCAAACAAGAUGACCUGAUGAGUGCUCAAAUUGCAAAAACGAGCUGCAAGAGUAAUAUUGGAUGCUGA